AUGAGUACAGACUCAAAGACAACUAAGCGUUAGGUUAAGAAGGAUGAAACUCCUUCUGACGUUAACGUAGAAUCUUCAGAAGAAAAAAAAAAUUUAGAAGAAGAUGAAAUUUCUGAAGAACAAGUAGCUGAAAAUAAAUCGAAAUUCAAAUUACAAAUACAUGCUCAACUAAUAAAGUGGGCUCCUGCAUUGAAUAUGACUAUUUUAUUAUUAAUAUCAAUUGUUGCAGUUUUAGUUAGAGUCUAUUCCGUUAUUCGUUACGAAAGUAUUAUUCACGAAUUCGAUCCUUGGUUCAAUUAUCGUACAACCUAAUAUUUGGUCACCAAUAAAGAUGGUAUUUACGGAUUAUGGAAUUGGUUUGAUUCCGAAUCUUGGUAUCCUCUUGGUCGUUCUGUUGGUGGUACUCUUUAUCCAGGUCUUAUGGCUACUGCUGGUGCUAUCUACUGGACUCUUCAUAAAUUAUGUUUGCCUGUUGACAUUAGAAACGUUUGUGUGUUCCUUGCUCCUAUUUUUGCUGCUUUCACAAGCAUAGCAACUUACUUAUUGACUAGAUAAGUUACUAAGAGAGCAGAUGCAGGCCUUUUCAGUGCUUUAUUUAUUGCAAUAGUACCUACUUAUAUGUCUCGUAGUGUUGCAGGUAGUUAUGAUAAUGAAGGUGUUGCCAUUUUUGCCUUGGUCUUUACUUUUUAUCUUUUCCUUAAAGCUGCUAACACUGGAAGUAUCAUUUGGUCUUCUUACUCAGCUUUGAGUCUUUUCUUCAUGGUUGCUUCUUGGGGUGGUUAUGCUUUCAUCAUUAACAUUAUUCCUAUCUUUGUUGUUUUCUUAAUGAUUACUGAUAGAUAUUCUACUAAGCUCUAUGUUUCAUACAACGUAUUCUACAUUCUUGGAACAAUUUUAGCUCUCUAGAUUCCUUUUGUUGGCUUUUAAGCUAUUCAUUCUUCUGAACACAUGGCAAGUCAUGGUGUCUUUAUCUUGCUUUAAGUUUACAAAUUUGUUAACUUCUUAAAAGGCCAUAUCCACAAAAAAGGAGUUAAGAUUUUAACUCGUUUGUUCAUUAUUGGUGUUGCUUUGUUCUUGCUAAUAGCCUUUAUUUUGAUGUAUGUCACAGGUAAAACUAAAUGGAGUGGCAGAAGUUUGACUCUUCUUGAUCCUACUUAUGCUAAGAAAUAUAUUCCAAUUAUAGCAUCAGUUUCUGAACAUUAAGCUACUACUUGGUCUUCUUUCUUCUUUGAUCUUCACUUCUUAACUAUAUUUGGACCUAUUGGUUUGUACUACUGCUUCAAAAAACCAAACUAUGGUAAAAUAUUCAUGGCUAUUUACCUCGUAUUGAGUGUUUAUUUUGCUUCUGUCAUGGUUCGUUUACUUUUAGUCCUCGGUCCCGCCUUGUCAAUCGUCGGUGGAAUUGGUGUUAGUUGGACUGUCAAUCUUUUCACUAAAUCCUUACGUAACUUUGUUUUUGGUGCAAAGAAGCAAGAGAAAAAAUCAAAAUACCAUGUAAGUCCUACUGUCAGCUUGAUAGGUUUAUUAUUGAUCGGAUACCUUAUAUCAGUUUAUAUUAUGCAUUGUAAUUACACUGGUGCUGAAGCUUACUCUUCUCCCUCAAUUAUUCUUUCAAACAGAGAUAGAAACGGUAAUAGACACAUUGUUGAUGACUUCAGAGAAGCAUACUUCUGGUUAAGACAAAACACAAAAUCUGAUGAAAAGAUUCUCUCUUGGUGGGAUUACGGUUAUUAAAUUACUGGUAUGUCCAACAGAACUGUCAUGGUAGAUAAUAACACUUGGAAUAAUACUCAUAUUGCAACUGUUGCAAUGGCUUUGGCUAGUAGUGAAUCAGAUGCUUAUGAAGUUUGCGACAAACUUGAUGUUGAUUAUAUUUUGAUGAUCUUUGGUGGUUACUCUUACUUCUCUGGUGAUGAUAUUAACAAAUUCCUUUGGAUGGUUCGUAUUGCUGGUGGUGUUUAUCCACAUGUCAAGGAAGAAGAUUUCUACAGUAAGAACAAUUAAUAUCGUAUUGACUCCUAAGCCUCUGAAACAAUGCUUAACUCUCUAAUGUUUAGAUUGAGUUUUUACAGAUUUGAUGAAAUAUAAACUGCCUAUCAAAAACCCAAGGGUUGGGAUAACGUCAGAAACUAAGAAGUAGGUCUUAAAAAAUUCAAAUUAGAGUACUUUGAAGAAGCCUUCACAAGUGAAAACUGGAUUGUUAGAAUCUACAGAAGAAAACCUAGAAAGAACAGAGAAGGUAUUGUCUUCUUAUCUAAGAGCUUAAAUAAUUUCCCAGCUCCUGAGUAAGAUAAUGAAUACAGAAAGAGACAUGAAGUCUUUGAUGAUAUUAAGUUUAAUAAGAUCAUUCUUAAAAAGAGAAGAAAUGUUGCUUCUAGAUGA